AUGAGUUUCACAAACACCAAGCCAUGGCUCUAUCUCUUACUUCUACUUCUUUUCAUUCUAUCCUUCAGAACUCAAAAAUCCAAAGGAUUGGAUACACUCGCCGUCGGUCAGUCUCUCUCCGGCAAUCAAACGUUAACCUCACAAGGUGGAACAUUUGAACUCGGCUUCUUCACUCCAGGUAACUCGAAAAACUAUUACAUUGGCAUAUGGUACAAAGGACUGCCAAAUAAAACAGUGGUUUGGGUAGCAAACAGAAACGAACCCUUAUCAGACUCUUCUUUGCCAGAACUAAAACUCUUCCAAGAUGGAAAUUUAGUCUUGCUCAACCAGUUCAAAACUCCGAUUUGGUCGACAAAUUCGAUCUCAAACAUAGCCCAUUCAACCUCAGCUAUGCUCCUUGACAAUGGAAACUUUGUCAUAAGAGGUUUAUCAAAUUCCUCUAAUGUUAUUUUAUGGCAAAGUUUGGACUACCCAACCGAUUCAUGGCUUCCGGGUUGGAAAGUUGGAUUCAACAAAAUUCGAAAUUCGAAAUACAGUCUCACUUCCUGGAGGAGCCCAGAAAAUCCAGCUCCUAGUCUGUUCUCUUUUGAGCUAGACCCAAGUGGGACUACUUUCAUGUUGUUUUGGAAUGAGUCUAAAAUGUAUUGGACUAGUGGGGAAUGGACUGGGAAGAUUUUUAAGCUUAUUCCUGAGAUGGAACUGGAUAUUUAUAUCAAAAAUGUCACACAGGUCUCAAAUGAGAAUGAGAUCUAUUUUACUUAUGAGGCCAGUUUCAACACAACUCUCCCUAGAUAUGUGAUUGAACCAACUGGACAAUUCAGGCCAUAUUGGGGAAAUAACUUCACUCGAUUGGGCUUGUAUUGGACUCGACCAUUGGAGAAGUGUCAGGUUCAUGCCUUCUGUGGUGGUUUUAGUACUUGCAGCCAAGAUAGGUCAACUGUUUGUGAUUGCAUGCAUGGAUUUGAACCAAGAGUCAUGAAAAACUGGGAAUUGGAAGAUCAUACAGAUGGGUGUGUGAGGAGAACUCGUUUGAAUUGCUCUAAUGGAGAAAAUGAUGGAUUCUUCAUGAUUCAAAAGGCACGAUUGCCCGUGAAUUCAGAAUCAGUGGCUGUUGGGAGCAUUGAAAAUUGCAAAGUAGCUUGCCUGAGUGACUGUUUUUGCACUGCUUAUGCUUAUGAUAAUGAGUGUUUGAUUUGGAAAGGAGAUCUGUAUAAUCUACAGGAACUCUCAUCAGAUGAUAAAACUGGAAAGGAAUUUUAUGUUAGACUUGCAGAAUCUGAGCUAGAGCCAGUGGUAAAUACCGCCAAAAAGAGUGAUAAAAAAGCUUGGUUAAUUGUAGGGGCAAUUGUGGGAUUCUUUAUUUUCUUUGGCAUUGUAAUGUUACUAAUUUGGAUUCAGAGACGAAAAACAGGCACAUUUGAGGGAGAUGAAGGUUCCUUGGUGGUGUUUCAGUAUAGGGAUAUACGAAGGGCGACGAAGAACUUCUCAGAAAAGCUUGGGGAAGGCGGAUUUGGUACAGUUUUUCGGGGGACACUGCCUAAUUCUACUGCCAUAGCUGUUAAGAGACUUAAAAACCAGGAGCAAGGAGAGAAGCAAGACAAGCAGUUCCUCACAGAAGUGAGCACAAUUGGUAUGAUCCAACAUAUUAAUCUCAUUCGUCUUCGGGGCUUUUGCAUAAAAGGUAUGGAAAGAUUUCUGGUCUUUGAUUACAUGUUAAAUGGUUCUCUAGAAUCUCACUUGUUUCGGAAGGAUUUGAAUGUUUUAGACUGGAAAACAAGGUAUAAAAUUGCACUUGGGACGGCCCGAGGAUUAGCUUACCUCCAUGAAAAAUGUAGGGAUUGCAUCAUACAUUGUGAUAUUAAGCCCGAGAACAUAUUAUUGGAUGCUGAUUACAACUCCAAAGUGGCUGAUUUUGGCCUUGCAAAGCUCAUAGGCCGCGAAUUUAGCCAUGUUUUGACAACUAUAAGAGGGACAGUAGGCUAUCUUGCACCAGAAUGGAUUUCUGGUGAAGCCAUAACACCGAAAGCUGAUGUUUUCAGCUAUGGAAUGCUUCUUUUUGAGAUUAUAUCAGGUAGGAGAAACCGAGAACUCUUUCAUGAUGGACCAGACAUCUACUUUCCAGUCCGGGUUUUCAAUAUAAUUAAUCAAGGUGAAGAUAUACUGUCCCUUUUGGAUCAAAAAUUGGAGAGUAAUGCUGAUGCAGAAGAGCUCAACAGAGCUUGCAGAGUUGCUUGUUGGUGCAUUCAAUUUGAUGAGAGAGAUAGGCCAACUAUGGGGCAGGUAGUUAAGGUUCUAGAGGGAGUUUUAGAGGUGGGUUUGUGUCCAACCCCUCGUUUCCUCCAAGCACUUGGAGAAAAUUCAAUACACUACAUAAUUUGCCAAGAGACUUCUUCUGGUUCAAAGCACAUGCAUGAAGAUGAUAUUAUUAGUACGUUUCAAUGCUAA